AUGUCGUCCCAGCAAUUGCCACCGAACACUAUGGAGAGGACGCAUAUUAAACGAAAGAUGGAACGUAGUGCUGGGAAAAUGCAUGUAAAGAAGAAACGGGAGUUAGAGUCGAAACCUGAGGAUUCCCCGCAACCAAUUGGCGAAUUGGUUAAGUUUACUCGUCGAUACCCCACAACCAAUGCGUUUAUCCCCAAACGUCACUACGAGAAGUUCCAGUUUCAUGGCAACACAUACACACUAGAGGAUACAGUGGUGCUGACUCCAAAGGGUGCAAACAAAAAGCCAUAUGUUGCGAUCAUAAAGAUGUAUAAGCUCUGUGAUAUAAUUUUCGACGAGGAGCAACAACAAGAGCUUGAUCUUCUUGUGGCAAAGACGAUUUCUCAAGCUGGUGAUCUUCUUGACAUUGAGAAGAAGAAAAAGUCGAGGAGGAAAACAAGGUUGGUCAAAUCGCAGGAGCUAGUUGAUCAAAUCAAGGACGGCCUCACUGUUGAUGAAGGAACGGCUGAAAAUGAGAAGUCAAUAGGAUCAAGCUCCGAAAGUGUUAACUCUGAUUCUUAUCUCGACGAUUUUUGA